AUGCGGCAGGGCGAGUUAAAUACUGUGACUAGCGCCUGAGAUCCGCACAGUUGGGUGGAAAGACAUCUCCUUCAGCACAGAGAUCUAGUGUCUGGUUUUCAUUUACCAGCCAAGUAAAACAUGUCCUUCUUCAAAAAAUUCUUCAAAAAUGUCAUCCAUGACAGGGACUCUGAAGAUGACACCAUCAAAGUGAAGGGGAAGCCAAAACCAAAGUAUUACGGAACAGUUGCACCAUACCCGAACUUCAAUGCCAGCAGUGACGCUUCAGUUCUCCAGGCCGCCAUUAACAGUAAAGAUGUGGAGGAGGAUGUGAUCAUUUCCGUCCUGGCGAAGAGAAGCAACGAGCAGAGACAGAAGAUCAAAGUAGUUUAUGAAGCGUCUGCCGGCAAGAGGCUGGAUAAAGCUCUGAAGUCAGCUCUCAGGUCAGAUUUAGAGGACGUCACUCUGGCUCUGAUCAUGGCGCCCGCUCACUUUGAUGCCUACCUGCUCAGGAAGGCCACAAAGGGUCUGGGCACGAAUGAAGACGUCCUGGUGGAGGUUUUGGCAACACGAUCAAACCAACAGAUUGUCGAGAUCAAGAGGGUCUUCAAAGAAGAGUACGGAGAGGAGCUGGAGGACAUUAUUAAGGAUGAGACCAGCGGGGACUUCACCACGGCCCUUCUGGCCCUGUUGAAAGCGAACAAAGCUGAGAGCACUGAUGUUGACAACGACCUGGCCCAAAGAGACGCGGAGACUCUGUUUGAGGCCGGCGAGAACACCAGCGGAGUCAACGUCUCGGCCUUUAUCGACGUCCUGACGACACGCAGCGGGCCGCAGCUCAAGAAGACAUUCCAGCAGUAUGCGUGCGUCAGUGAUGUCACACUACCUAAGGCCCUGGACAUGAAGCUGAGGGGAGACAUCGAAGACUGUCUCAUCGACAUCGUGAAAUGUGCCUGGAACACGCCGGCCUUCUUUGCUGAGAAGCUUCAUCUGGCAAUGAACCGCCAUGGCACCUGUGAGAAGACACUGAUCAGGGUGAUGGUGAGCCGCUCUGAGGUCGACCUGAAGAGGAUCUUGGAGGAAUACAGGGCCAUGUACAAUGUCAGCCUACAGGAGGACAUACUGAAAGAAACUAAGGGACAUUAUCGGGACAUCCUGCUUGGACUGUGUGGACCGCACUGAAAUUCAGUUGGAACAACAUUAUCGGAAACCGAGGCAGGCCUGCCCUCCAGAUGCUACUAAAAUAUCACAAUUUUCAAAAGUGCUAUGACUAACGUGACUGAUGUGUCUUAUUGAGUUGAUGCUGUACCACUAACAAUAACAACCAGAGCAUAACCUCGUUCUGACAAGAAUAUGUCGCUUGUGUAAUAUAAGCUCGUUCACAUUAUCAGGAGCAAUAUUUUCCUUUUUGGAUGUAAAUCAUAAUCAAGGGUUUAAUUUAAACGAUGCAGAAGACACAAAAGAUGAUGAAGAAUUUAAAAAAGUGAGAUAUAUAUAAUUUUUUUAUGAAUGAUAAUCAUGUGAUAUGAGUUCAUAAAAUGUUAGUGUGGUCCUGUUUCUUUACUUUGUCUUCAUUCAAAUCUAUAUAUCCAUUUUAACAUACAUGAUGAGGAUCAGUGAUCAGUCGCCUCAUUGAUUGCAAAUACAGGAAAAGGAAAACAAGUGAUUUUUAAAAAGAAAACGCCUAUGAGACCACAUAAGGAAUAAAAACAUUUACAGCUUCCUUCUGUUGUUUGAUGUUUCUUCACUUGCUUUCAUAUAUUUUUUGUUUGUUUUUUACAGUGA